ACUACAUCUCCCAGCAUGCCCCCGCGGCCCCGAGCCAGGCGAGGCUCGGUGAGUCAGAGCCGCACAGUAAAUAUUUGUAUUAGCCGGAGCCGGCUCGCUAAUGGUGGACGCGUGAGGCGGAGGAGCGCGGCGACGGGAGGCAGCGGGCAGCGCGGCGGCGGCGCCAUGUCCGUGAACAUGGACGAGCUCAAGCACCAGGUCAUGAUCAACCAGUUCGUGCUGACGGCGGGCUGCGCGGCCGACCAGGCGAAGCAGCUGCUGCAGGCGGCCCACUGGCAGUUCGAGACGGCCCUCAGCGCCUUUUUCCAGGAGACCAACAUCCCCUACAGCCACCACCACCAGAUGAUGUGCACUCCUGCCAACACCCCCGCCACGCCCCCCAACUUCCCCGAUGCCCUCACCAUGUUCUCCCGUCUCAAGGCUUCCGAGAGCUUUCACGGGGGCGGCAGCGGCAGCCCGAUGGCCGCCACGGCCACGUCCCCCCCGCCGCACUGCCCCCACGCCGCCACCGGCAGCUUCGCGGCACCGAGCUGGCCAUCUGCGGCCUCGCCCCCAGGGGGGCCACAGCACCACCAGCUGCAGCAGCCGCCCCUGUGGACUCCGGCACCCCCCUCCCCGGCGUCAGACUGGCCACCCCUGGCCCCCCAACAGGCCGCCUCAGAACCGAGGGCGCACCCUGCCAUGGAGGCGGAGAGAUAAGGGAGGCCCCUCCCCCUCCCGGAGGCCAGGACCCUGUGGGGCGGGGGAGAGGAUGUCUCCGCGGGCCCCCUUUACCCUGCUCUGUCUGCACCCCGUUCCCCGGAGCCCUGGAGGGGAGAGACUGGACCCUGGUGCCAGCACACGGGCUGCCUGCGCGCAAACAUGGGAGUGCAGGCACGGGGCCCCCACCUUGCAUGGAUGUGGUUCAGAGUCGUCUUGGUGCUGGUGGACAGAACUUCAGAGAACAAGCAGCCUUCCCCAGAGGACUCGCUCGCCCUGCCCCACCCCAGGGGACUGCGGAGAAUCGCCACAGCAGCGGAGACUUGGCUGGCUCCUGCCUGGGAGCUCCUCAGGGGCCAGCAGGCCUAGAUCCCCACCCUCGGGAAUGCAGAGGCUUCUCCGCAUGUGUGUGUGUAGCUGUGUCUGUAUUUAUAUGUAUGUCGCUCUACAAGAAGCAACCUAGUUUAUGGGGCAGCUGGACUUUGCAUGUUAGAGUGAGCCCCCAAGCCCCUUGUCUGCCACCUGUCUCCCCAGGGCCCUGCCCCUCUCUCCCACCCCCUGCUCAGCCAGCCUUGCUGUUCCCUGCAGAAAAAAGAAUUGUGGGAAACUCCAGGACUCUUCCCACCCAUUCCCCAGCACCUGCCUGCUGGGGCUGCCUGCAUGCUUCCCCCAGAACCCGGGGGUACCUCACACCCUUUCCCUUCCUCCUUUUAACAAAAGAGAAGAAAGAGUUCAAACCACCA